CGCGCACUGCAUGGCUCCGCCACACACACAACUCCGCGCGCGCCGCACUCUGCCUCCGCCACGGACCACUCCAUAACUAUCUCCGCCUCCGCAGUCUCCCCGCGCCUUCGCUUCAAGCCACUCCACCGCCAUAUACGCAGUGUAUACCCUACACCUGCUAUACACUACACACACAGAGCUAGCUCACCUCCGUUCUACUCCGCCAGCCCAAUCCCUGGACGACACAGCCACCUGCCGCCCGUCGCGUCGAUCACCUCCUCGCUCUUUUCUUUUGGAACAUAUAUCUUACUCCAGUAGCAUUGGAGGUGGCAGAGUGUGAUGAAUAACCAGUGCGUGCCGAGCUGGGACCUGGAAGAGACGGUCGGUGCCGGGAUCACCCCGGUGUCCGCCGGGCCAGCGCUGCGCAUGGCUUCUCACGCGGCGCCGGUCGCCGUCCCCAUGCCGGACCAGUACGACGAAGUGGCGGAGCUGACGUGGGAGAAGGGCAACAUCUUCUGGCAGGGGCUGCUCAGCCGCUCCGCGCCCAAGUACCCGGCCGCGCCGCCGCCGGCUCCGUCGCAGAUUCACGCCAUCAGCAGCGGGGGAGAUCAUCGUGAGACGCUCGAGGCGGUGGUGGGCGAGGCGGCCGCGCGGCUUUCCUCAAAUCCGCACCUCGCGCAGCCGCGGGCGCCUGCAGCCGCGCCUUGGCUCGGCGUGGGCGUGCCGGCCGACGGGCUCGUGCCGUGCGCCGCGAGGAGCGACGACGCGGCCGAGGCUGAGGCGCGGAGGAAGCGGGCGCGACUGGUCGGCGAGGACGGGCGGAUGUGCGCCAGCCAGGGGAGCGCCGCGCCUGGCCGACGCGAGAGCACGCUCCUCACGAAGCUGGACCCCUGCGGCACCGGCGCAGACGACGUGUGCGGGUUCACCACCACCACCAACAACUCCACCUCGCUGGACCACGGCUCCCCGGAGGAGACAGAGAACACCAGCUUCGGCGGAGGCGCCAGCGAUUCCCGCUGCUUCAGCCGUCGGUCGCAGGGAGACGGGCUGUGCGACGAGGCAGAGAACGUCGUAAUCAAAGGGGAAGCUCCCAUGAGGUCAUCCAUCUGCACUAAGAGGAGCCGGGCCGCUGCCAUCCAUAACGAGUCUGAGCGUAAACGAAGGGACAGGAUCAACCAGAAGAUGCAAACCUUGCAAAAGCUCGUCCCCAACUCAAGCAAGACGGACAAGGCGUCGAUGCUAGACGAGGUGAUCGACCACCUGAAGCAGCUGCAGGCGCAGGUGCAGAUGAUGAGCCGGAUGAGCAGCAUGAUGAUGCCCAUGGCCAUGCCGCAGCUGCAGAUGUCCGUGAUGGCCAAUAUGGCACAGAUGGCCCAGAUGGCGCAGAUGGGCCUCGGCAUGAUGAACAUGGCCGGGCCCCUCGCCCAGCCCGCCUACGCCGGCCUCGCCCCGGCCAUAAUGCACCAGCCCACCCCGUUCGUCCCCAUGCAGGCCUGGAACGCCGCCGCCGCCGCCGACCGGCAGAAGCAGCCCGCCGCCGCCGUGCCGGACGCCUACUCCGCCUUCCUCGCCUGCCAAGUGGCGCAGCAGAAUGCACAGCAGCAGCAGCAAACCCAACCGAACGGCAUGGAGGCGUACAACAAGAUGAUGGCCAUGUACCAGAAGCUAAGCCAGCAGCAGAGCCAGUCAGGCAUCUCCAAAGAGUGAUGACCAUACUACAGUAGUGCAGCAACCUGUAGAGCAAAUGCCUUUGGAUAUGAGUAUCCGUCGACACACAACAGCACCUAGCUGUAAGUGUGUAACACCAUCUUGUAUUUUAUAUCAUCGUUUUGAUAAUUUUUUAGCUUGUAUAAAAUCACCAUCAGAUGUUAUAUGAAGCUGGCAUACGCAUCAUUUGGACUGGAA